UUAUUUUGGGGGUCAGCUGUUGUUGGGUCCGUCAGCAGCAGGACCCUCCUCCUCCCUUCUCCUCCUCCUCCUCUCUCCUUCCUCUGCCUCUCUCUGUCUUUCUCUACCUCCUCUCCUUCACUUCACUGAUCCUGAACACUGAGGAUGGAGACGUCAGUGAAAGCAGCUGAGAUGUUGGUGCCCCCCCAGCCUGACAUGGACGCCAAGAACACUGAAGGUGAGGCAGCAGCUGCACCUGCAGCCUGUGGCUCCUCCUCCGACGACUACAUCAACCCCGUGGAGGAGUUCAGCAGAAAGCUGGAGGACAUCAUCAGCACCCAUGGCUCUGCAGCCAGCCUCCUGGACAAACAGAGCACGAUGGAGGCACUGACGGAGAAGAUGAAGAAGGAGCCAAAAGAUGACAUCCCAGUUGCUAUAGAGACAGAGGUCUGUCUCAUCAUGAAGAGUCUGGACAAGCUCUCGUCUCCAGAGCAGAAACUGGAAGAUGUGGUCAGGAGAUACGCUGAACUGGCAGCCCUGCGGCGCUCUGACGAGAAGAAGAUGUGUGUGCUGCAGCAGAAGUUGUCCAUCCUGCUGGACGAGCGGCAGCAGCUGCAGGAGGAAAGCCGCAGCAGCAUCACAGCUCGCAGCAAACUGGAGACUCUGUGCAGGGAGCUGCAUGGACACUACAACGCUCUGAGGGAGGAGACCCUUCAGCGCUGCAGGGAGGAUGAGGAGAAGAGGACAGAGAUCACCAGCCACUUCCAGACGAUGCUGACAGAGAUCCAGGCUCAGAUCGAGCAGCACAGCAACCGAAACGACAAACUGUGCCUGGAAAACAGCAACCUGACAGACAAACUGGAGAGUCUCAUGACCCAGUGCGAGAUGAGGGAGGAGAGUUUGGAGAAGAUCAACAAGCAUCGCGACCUGCAGUACAAACUGGCCGAAGCCAAACUGCAACAGGCCAACGCUCUGCUGACCGAGGCCGAGGAGAAACACAAGAGGGAGAAGGAAUACUUACUGGUUCAGGCUGCUGAGUGGAAACUGCAGACUCAGACACUCAGAGAACAGGGGACUGUGAUGCAGGCACAGCUGACCCUCUACGCUCAGAAGUUUGACGAGUUUCAGGCGACACUGGCCAAAAGCAACGAAAUCUACGUCCGCUUCAAGAAGGAGAUGGAUAAUAUGUCAGAAAAGAUGAAGAAAAUGGACAAAGAGUCAAAUCUAUGGAAGACGAGGUUCGAAAACUGUAACAAGGCUCUGACUACCAUGAUUGAAGAGAGAAGGGAGAAAAGUAAAGAGUACGAUGUGUUUGUCCUGAAGAUUCAGAAGCUAGAGAAGUUGUGUCGCGCUCUACAGGAUGAGAGGGUCGUCCUUUAUGAGAAGAUCAAGGAAGUCCGUAAGGCCAACUCCGACAUCUCAACCAAGGUCCUCAGCACUGAUGACACCAACUCUGAGGAUGCUGAUAAACCCACCCUGCUGACCCCUGGGGACCUCCAAGAGCUCCAGGAGCUCCAGAAGGAGGACCCAGUCUUAACAGAGAACAUGUCCCGUCUGAAGGAGGAGCAGGCCAAGCUGCAGGAGUUCGCUGCCUCUCUUUGGGACACACCCGGGGACAAUGACGAAGAAGACAAAGCUGAUUCAGACCCUGAAGAAGACUUGGUGUCUUCUGCAUUUGACCACUUUAAAACCAAAACUCAGGACAAAAAGGAGGUGGUUUCAGUCCCUGAGCAGGUGGUAGAUGUCAAAUGUGAGGCAGCAGAAUCAGUUCUCCCACAGCCUGAUAAAGUUGAGGAGGUUCCACAGCCAGCCAUGUCCACACCUGUGGAGGACACAUCUGAAAUGAUACCAACAGACACAAAACCAGAAGCGGUAAAAGUUCAAACCCAGGUCGAGGACAAAGAGGUGCAACCAGUUAAACCAGAUGAGGAGAUCCAGCAGCAACCUGCUGAACUGGCGCAGACAUCUGAGCCUGAGGAAGUCCAGAUUCAUCCAGCAACAGACCUGAAACCAGACACAGCAAAGGCUGAAAUUUUAGUCGAGACUGGUGAGGUCAAACCAGCGAUCCCAGUGGAAGUCGAGAAGGCCCAGGCUGCACCAGUGGAAGUACAACAAGAAGCACCAACCAAGUCAGCUCCACCUUCACAAAACACACCUAAAACCACUGCUUCCUCCAAUGCAGAGUCCUCCAAAAAGCAAACACCAAAGAAAAAGAAGAAGAGGAACGCCAAGAACGCAAGCUAAAGUUUAGGAUGCGCUGAAGGUGUGUGUGUGUGUGUGUGUGUGUGCUGUUAUUUGUGUGUUUGUGUAACUGAAAUCAUACUGUGCCUUUUGUAAAACCAUAAGUUUGUCCCAACUGGUGCACCUGAAGAGUUGUCAGUGUCACUUUUCUCAAGAAUCAAUGUCACCAGAUGAGGACGGACAAAAAGCCGACUGUAUUUUACAGUCUGAAUGUCUAAAUGUAACAUAAAAGUAACAUUUAGUUGGUCGAAGGAAUGAAAGGCCUCACUGAAGUAUAACAAAGUCUAAAUGACUGAGAUAUCAAACAUGAUCUUUCUCUCAGAAAAAUUUUGUGUUAACUUAAGUGCCAUAAAAAGUGAAAGCUUUUGCCUUAUGGAAGGCAAAAUGCCAAAAAGAAAACAUUGUUUGGUAUCAGUGUCUCUUUUAACCUAGAAAUCACAACAACUCUAAUAAAGUUAUUUUUUGACCAUUUGACCACUGAUAAA